AUGGCGGGGUCUGGAGAGCUCGAGUCGCCCCCCGAGGCUCCGGCCGAGGAGCCCCCGCCGCCGCCUGCCUGCCGCUUCUUCCUGGAGGGCCGCUGCCGCUUCAGUGCCCGCUGUCGCCAGCCCCACCCCGGGGCCCCAGCACGGGUGAGGCCUAGCGGCGGGGCCGAGGCGGAGGCCGGGAUCAAAAAGCCGCCACUGCGCACUGCCGCGGCCGUCAUCCAGCGCAUCCGCUGGGACCCGCGCCUAGACCCUGCCGACUUCACGGUGGGCUACGUCGACCGCUUCCUGGGCGUGCUCGAGGAGCCCUUCCUCGCCUUUUGCUGGGACGAGCCACUGGCGGCGCUCGGUCCCGGCCUGCUGGCUGUGCCUCAGCACCGGGUGCGUUACUUCCGCUUCCGUGGCCGCAUAGUGUGGGACCGCGCCUCGCGCACUGAUCACGUCUUUGGCUCUGGCUCAGCGGAGGGUCGCGGGCCCACCAUCCUGGACGUACUCGACGGCGGGGACGGGGACGGAGAGGCGCACAGCCUUGUGCCUGUUGAUGAGGACGCGCCUCAGGCUGGAGCUGCGCACAGCAGCGAGGACACGCUCUGGGACGGAGGUGCGCAGGAGGGCGCGCGCAGGACCGGGGAAGGGCAGGAGGUCGAUGUGCCUGGGACCAGGGAAGCACAGGACUGCGUAGCUGUGUCCCAGGCUGGCCCGGCCCCAGCAGGAGAGUGCAGAGAGCCAGCCUGGACAGGCUCCACAGAGGGGAGCCUGGUGCUGGCAGGGGCAUCUGUGAAUGCCCAGGAGCUGGUUGGAGCCCAAAGCCAGGCUUCUCCAUGGGUGGAGCCCGAAAGGGCACACAAGCCAGCUGCCAAAGACAGGACCGUAGUGGAGCAGCGCCCAGGGGAAGACUUCCCUGACACCAAGGAGAGGUGCCAAGCGGCAUGGGGUCCCGGGACCUGGCCCGAAGACGGCGGGGAGGGCACAGUGGCCACGGCCAUGGCCCGUCGCCAGCCUCGCCCCACGCACUUCGUGGCCGUCAUGGUGACAGACCCCGGGCUGCAGGCCGGGGUGGCCAAGGCCCAGAAAGAACUGGUCCAAAUGACACCUUCGUGCGCUGCUUCCCCGGUGCCGCCCCAGGCCCUGCACCUGACACUGGCCCUGCUGAGGCUAGCGGGCCCAGGGGACACAGCUGCCGCCGUCAGGGCACUCAGGCGUGCCCUCUCAGCCCUGGGGCUUGAGGCCCCCGAACAGCUGAGGUUCAGGCAGCUGGUGCUCCUGGGCUCCCACGCGCUCUGUGCUCUGCCCUCCCCCUCCCUGGAUAACAUGGCCCAAGUGCUGAGCCAGAGGCUGGAGGCUGAGGGGCUCCGAGUGCUACAGCCCCCGGGGGGCCUGCACCCCCACCUCACACUGGCCAAGGUACCCCGGGGCUCCCCAGACCACCUCCCCACACCUGGGUUCAGCCCAGGGCGGGAGCUGGGGUGCCAGCUCCUGAGACAGGUCUGGCUGUGCUGCAUGGGAAGGGCCGGGGCCACCUACCAGCCCCUGGCCGGGAUCCCCCUGGAGCGACUGCCCCAGGCCCCCUGAGCUGGCCCAUCGGCGCUCAAGCCCCAACGCCGGAGGCGAUCCAGUGCAAGCAAGAGAGACAAAGCACGCGCUCUCUCUCUCUCUUUAAUUUUGGUUUUUCUCAAGCUUCCAAAUGUGCUCAGUGCUCCAAGGAAAGAAUGAAGGAGAGAAAGGGGAGGGGAGAGGAAAGGGAAGGGAGGCAGAGGAGGAACAUCUGGAAAAAAAGCAGCCUGACAGUCCAG